GUCAUGGCUAACACAGAAUGUCUCCAGGUCAUAUCUGUAGAUGAAGAUCAGAAAACGACCUUGUUGAGAGAACUGGAGACAAGAAUGCAGACAUUGGAAGAAGACAGUGGGAGACGUGUAAAAGAUUUCCAGGAAAAGGUUGAUAAAGAGGAGACAAAGUUGCAGAUCCUGUGUCAGAUGUUAAACGAUCGACUGACUCCACUAGAACAACUCAGAACUUGUCUCAAUGAAAGGACCAGCACGAGAGAUGAGAAUAUUAAACAGCUGACCCAGGUAAUCCAGGAGGUAGCAGUUAUAUCCCCGAGAUUACAACAAUUAG